AUGAAGGUUUGUUCUUACAGAUAUUGUUCCCUUAACAGUCAUAGAUAUGAAGCUCUGCCUCCUCUUAAGUCUUUCUUGUCGAUGAGAAGGCAAUCACUGAAGACUGAAAAGAAGAUGAAAGGAUUAUUAGUAAAGGAAGGUGAUGAAGGGAAAACAGUUCACAGAAGUGCUGAUUUCUUAGCUGAAAUUCAUGGUGCCUAUGAACAAAGGAUUAAUGAAAAAGAAGGUAGUUGUGAUUCAACCAGUGAGGGAGGGGAAGAUGAAGAAAUGGAUGUUAUGAUUGAUAUUUUAGAGUAUGUAGAAUGUGAUCAGAAGGCAGAAAUUCAUGAACAACACAGUACUGGGAGUUGUAGUAAUUCAAAAGCAAUAAUCACAAUUAUGAGGAAGAAAAGAAAUGAGGAAGUGGAGAUUACUAGAGAGUUUAAUACAAGGCCGCCAAAUUUUCACCCAAAAAAACCAGCUCAAGACACAGAAAAGGUUUCGCUCCAGCAUCAGAUAAUCAAUGAAAGAAAAAAUGCAGAGGAGUGGAGGAUAGAUUAUGCAAUGCAACAAGCUGUGUCAAAACUGUCUCUAACUAGAAAAAGAAAGAUAGCUCUGCUAGUUGAAGCUUUCAAGAAUGUUAUGCCGCUUUGCAUGCAAGCUUGCAGCUAG